AUGAGCGAGACAAACGCAAAUACCGGUCUAUUUGCCGAUGAAAACGCCAUUUUCCGAGUCCGCCGAGAUCUAGAGUUCCCUGUGCCCGGGGAUGAAGAACUCCUGAUUGAGACACAGUUCUCGGGUGCAAAUCCGGCUGAUGUCAAACAUGCUACUCAACUAGGCAUUUACCCGGCUGUGCUGGGUUACGACUUCUGCGGGAAAGUGCUCCAGGCACCGCCCCAGUCGUCCUUUCGCCCCGGUGACACUAUUGCCGGAUAUACUCCUACCGGUCUCAACAGACCGGCUGGAUAUGGGACCCAUCAGCAAUACUUGGUCUGCCCGGAAGAAAUGGCUUUUCAUGUUCCUGCAAACCUUCCACUGCAUCAUGCGGCAUGUCUUGGCGUCGUGUCCAUGACAGCUGCUGAUACGCUCUAUAACAUUUUCAAGUUUCCUCUGCCAGACACUGGAGACACAGGGAAGACAGUAAAACCAGUGCUUAUCUGGGGCGCAUCAAGCAGUGUUGGGCUCUGCACAGUACAGCUCGCCCGGGCCAGCGGUAUUCAUCCGAUCUUCGUCACUGCAUCCCCACAAAGACACCAACUUCUCUUGGACCUCGGAGCAACACAGUGCUUUGAUUACAAAUCCCCCGAUGUGGCUUCGCAAAUCAAGUCAGCGCUAAAGAGUGGACAAUGGGAUUCUAUAGACUAUGGUUUUGACACGGUGGGAAGUUACGCAGGAGCUGGCUCAGCAAAACUUAUGGCUGAGUGUGUUUCAGGAGAGGCCAGCCUUGUCUCUGUUGUUGUCCAGCGUGAUCCUCGGUUUAAGAUGCCCUUUGCUACACCGAAUAGGGAUGCUACUAUUCGGGUUCAUGGGGCUCCUCGUCCUAUUACGAUUCCAGCUAGACCUUCUGACUAUGUGCGUGCAUGGAAGGCUCUACAAUGGGCGGUUGCGAAUUACGGUGCGGGAUUCCAGUUCCCAUCUGUAGAUGUGAUCAAUGGGAUAGCGGAAACUGCGCUGGAACAAGUGCAAGCCCUGGGUGAUGGUACACGAGGAUUUGGGAAGCUGGCGCUUGAGCAUCCAUUGUUGUAG